AUGGUCAAGUUCCUCCUGAUCUUCGACAUCAACUGCCAUGGCGAGUUCCUCUACGACCUCUCCACCCGACUGGCCCAUAGCUGCGAGCCCAACACCUUCUGCAGGAGUCAGGGUGACGACCUGCAGUACGUGGCUACGAGGAGGAUCGAGGAGGGGGAGAUGCUGACGUUCUCCUACAUCGGUGGGGGUCCCAUCAUGGUCGCAUCUACGAGGAUGAGGAGGAGGAGGCUCCUCCGGCUCGGCUUCUUCUGCUACUGCCAGCGAUGCCGGCGGCCCGACAGCAUGCGAAGGCUGCGGUGUCCCAAGUGCUCAGGGAGCGAGUGCAUGCCCGAGCACAGCAUCGUCAACUUCGAGGAGAUCGAGAAGAAGGGAAGAGAGGGGACGCGAGUGAAGCCUCGGGUCGAGACGUCAUGGAGGUGCCAUGCUGAGGGCUGCGACUUCGAGCUGGAGCACCCGGACGAGGACAAGCUGCCGCUAAGCCAAGAGGAGGAGCUGGAGGAGACCGUCUUCGAGGAGUGCUGUAGAGACCCAGUCGAGUUCAGGUCUCAACUAGAUGGUCCCCAACUGUGGAAGCUGGGGCAGGUGUGCGAGGCAGAGCUCGGUCCCAUGCACUGGACCAACGCGGCGGUGGAUCCCUCCAAGCAGUGUCUGCCGUCUCCUGAACAGAUCCUCUCCAUCACUCGCACGAUGAUCGCCUGGUUCAGGGAGCAGAUGCCGAACUCGUUGGAGGAGGCGAAGAUGAUGCCGAUAGCUGCUCAGAUCUUCAGCGGCUUCGGGCUGAAGGAGGAGGCGGCAGCUGCCAUGGCUCCGAGCAUACCGCUCUUGCACGUCAUGCACCAUUCCAACGUGAAAGCAUGCGAGCGCUGUGUGAUAGAGAGCGGGAGCGAGGAGCUGCUCAAGAUAGCGAGGCUGUCCGUCGACGAAUGA